AUGGCGCAAAUCCUGUUACACGGCACUUUACAUGUUACCAUCUAUGAGGUUGACAAGCUUCCUGGUGGUGGUGAUGGUGGAGAUGGACCCGGCUUCUUUAUGAAGCUUGUCGAUAACAUUGGGGAGAAAGUUGGGAUUGGGAAAGGAAUAAGUAAAAUGUAUGCAACCAUUGACCUGGAGAGAGCCAGAGUUGGAAGAACCAGGCUUCUUGAAAAUGAGCCAAGCAAUCCAAAGUGGUAUGAAUCUUUCCAUAUCUACUGUGGCCAUAUGGCUUCCAAUGUUGUCUUCACUGUCAAGGACGACAACCCUAUUGGCGCAACAUUGAUUGGAAGAGCAUAUGUACCUGUUACUGAGAUUCUUGAUGGUGAAGAGAUAGAUCGCUGGGUUGAGAUAUUGGAUGAGGAAAAAAACCCAAUUGAAGCAGGUUCUAAGAUCCAUGUGAAGCUACAAUACUUUGAUGUGUCAAAAGACCACAAUUGGGCUCGAGGCAUCAAAAGUGCCAAGUUCCCUGGUGUUCCUUACACCUUCUUCUCUCAGAGACAAGGUUGCAAAGUUUCUCUGUACCAAGAUGCUCAUGUCCCCGACAAUUUUAUUCCCAAAAUCCCACUUGCAGGAGGCAAUUACUAUGAGCCUCAUAGGUGCUGGGAAGAUAUUUUUGAUGCUAUAACAAAUGCAAAGCACUUGAUCUACAUUACUGGCUGGUCUGUCUAUACUGAAAUCAGCUUGAUAAGGGAUUCCAGGAGGCCAAAGCCAGGGGGAGACAUAAUGCUCGGUGAACUGCUGAAAAAGAAGGCAAGUGAAGGUGUUCGAGUCCUUAUGCUUGUUUGGGAUGAUAGAACAUCCGUUGGCCUGCUUAAAAAAGAUGGCCUGAUGGCCACUCAUGAUGAAGAAACCGCGCAGUACUUCCAAGAUACCGAUGUGCAUUGUGUUCUGUGUCCCCGAAACCCCGAUGAUGGUGGAAGCUUUGUACAAGAUCUUCAAAUUUCCACAAUGUUUACUCAUCACCAGAAGAUUGUUGUUGUGGACCAUGAUAUGCCAAAUGGUAGCUCGGAAAGGCGAAGAAUCGUUAGUUUUGUUGGUGGCAUUGAUCUUUGUGAUGGCAGAUAUGAUAGUCCCUUCCACUCUUUGUUCAGGACAUUGGACACAGCUCAUCAUGAUGACUUCCAUCAACCCAACUUUGAAGGUGCUGCUAUAACCAAAGGUGGGCCCAGAGAACCUUGGCAUGAUAUUCACUCUCGUGUAGAAGGGCCUAUCGCUUGGGAUGUGCUGUACAACUUCGAGCAGAGAUGGAGAAAGCAAGGUGGUAAAGAUUUGCUGGUUCAGCUGAGGGAGCUGGAAGAUGUUAUUAUUCCUCCAUCCUCAGUCACUUAUCCUGAUGAUCGUGAGACAUGGAAUGUGCAGCUGUUUAGGUCCAUUGAUGGAGGGGCUUGUUUCGGCUUCCCAGAGACUCCAGAGGAUGCUGCAAGGGCUGGACUUAUUAGUGGCAAGGAUAAUAUCAUUGACCGAAGUAUUCAAGAUGCAUAUAUCAACGCCAUUCGAAGGGCAAAGAAUUUUAUCUAUAUUGAGAACCAGUACUUCCUUGGGAGUUGUCACGGUUGGACAUGUGAUGAUAUUAAGGUUGAGGACAUUAACUGCCUACAUCUGAUUCCCAAGGAGUUGUCACUGAAGAUAGUCAGCAAGAUUGAGGCAGGGGAGAGAUUUACUGUGUACGUGGUUGUUCCAAUGUGGCCAGAGGGCAUUCCAGAGAGUGCAUCAGUUCAAGCCAUUUUGGAUUGGCAGAAGAGGACGAUGGAAAUGAUGUAUCGUGAUAUUGUCCAGGCCCUGAGAGCUCAGGGCAGAGAGGAGGAUCCUCGGAACUACUUGACAUUCUUCUGCCUGGGGAACCGUGAAGUGAAGAGAAGUGGAGAGUAUGAGCCUUCGGAGACGCCAGAGCCUGAUACAGAUUACAUUAGAGCUCAGGAAGCCAGGCGGUUUAUGAUUUAUGUUCACUCAAAGAUGAUGAUCGUCGAUGAUGAGUACAUAAUAGUUGGUUCAGCCAACAUCAACCAGCGGUCGAUGGACGGCUCGAGGGACUCUGAGAUCGCCAUGGGUGCAUACCAGCCGUAUCACUUGGCGGUGAGAGAGCCAGCACGAGGCCAGGUCCACGGCUUCCGUAUGUCGCUGUGGUACGAGCACCUUGGCAUGCUUGACGACUGCUUCCUGUACCCAGAUAGCGAGGAAUGCAUCAACAAAGUGAACCAAGCUGCUGAUAAGUAUUGGGAUCUGUACUCGAACGAGUCGCUCGAGCACGAUCUCCCGGGCCAUCUGCUACGAUACCCGAUCACCGUCGACAGUGAAGGCAACGUGACGGAGUAUCCUGGUGCUGAGUUCUUCCCGGACACCAAGGCUCGUGUUCUCGGUGCUAAAUCGGAUUACCUCCCCCCUAUCCUCACUACAUAA